AUCCGUGCGGAGACCCUUGCUGUCCAUUGGGAGCCCCCAAAGCUGGCCCCUUAGCAGCCGUGACGCCUGUGGCCACCACCCCAGUCACCCAUCCGGAAGGGGCUGCAGAGUCAUUGGCACCGGGGCGACAGCCCAGGGUCCCUCUACCUCCACGGGGCGGGGCUGACACACAGGUCCCGCCUGUCCUCUGGGGACGGGAAGUGCUGAGACUGCUGGUGCCUGGAGAUCCAAGGCCAGCGGGGCGCAGGAGCAGGACUAGGUGGAGCCUGGGCGAGAUUCUCUUGCAGAAGCAGUGGAUUUGCGAUCAGCUGGCCUGGGGGACUCACAGGCAGUGAAAGGUGAACACUGGGCUCUUCACCAUGUCUGACGGAGACUACGAUUACCUCAUCAAGUUCCUAGCUCUGGGCGACUCGGGGGUAGGGAAGACCAGUGUUCUCUGCCAGUACACAGAUGGUAAAUUUAAUUCCAAAUUUAUCACCACGGUGGGCAUUGAUUUCAGGGAAAAGAGAGUGGUGUACCGAGCCACUGGGCCUGAUGGAGCUGUGGGCCGGGGCCAGAGGAUCCACCUGCAGCUAUGGGACACAGCUGGCCAGGAGAGGUUCCGCAGCCUGACCACAGCAUUCUUCAGGGAUGCCAUGGGCUUUCUUCUGCUCUUUGACCUGACCAACGAGCAGAGCUUCCUGAAUGUUCGAAACUGGAUAAGCCAGCUGCAGACGCAUGCGUACUGUGACAACCCUGACAUUGUACUGUGUGGCAACAAGAGUGACCUGGAGGACCAGCGGGCAGUGGAGGAGGAGGAGGCCAGGGCCCUGGCUGAGAAAUAUGGCAUCCCCUACUUUGAGACGAGUGCUGCCGAUGGGACGAACAUCAGCCCCGCCAUCGAGGCCCUGCUGGACCUAAUCAUGAGGCGGAUGGAGCGGAGCGUGGACAAGUCCUGGAUUCCCGAGGGCGUCGUGCGCGCCAACGGUCACUCCUCUGCCGAUCAGCUCAGUGAGGACAGGAAGGCGGGGUGCAGCUGCUGAGCAUGGCGGGACGGCCGUGUGCGACGUGUGGUCCUGAGAUGUCAGGCAAACCAUUUCUCAGCAGCCCCUCAGACCUCAUAACAAAUCGCCCGCUUUUUAAUGUCUGCAGCUUUGUAAAUAUGUCUUGAAGAUUCAGCCAGAGCAGUAGCUCUCAGGGUCCCAAGUGCCUUAUAGACAAGCCCUCAGCUCCCGGGUGGUGGCCAGGCAGGGACCCAGGGUUUUGCAGGGUGAGUUCCUGUUGUAUGGGACAUUGUCACUGGCCCUGACAAGGAAAGACCCCAGCUGUCCUAUUCAGAGCUUAGAUGUGAUCAGAGUGCUGAAUCCAAACUUAAAACCUGCACCGUAGGUGACCUUCUCCACUGCCACCGUG